GGGUGCGAGCCCAGAGCCAGAGAGCGCGCUGGGCGGUGCUGGGCAUCCGCGGAGUGGAACGGGGCUGGUGGAAUGCACAGGGUCGCAGCGCUUGGGCCACCCUCGGUCAGAGGGAGCUGUGUCCAGCGAGCAAACGGGCGCCCCGGAGCCUUGCUGAGAGGCAGCUCUGGGCUUUCCCAGCUCCGAAGUCAAUACUGAGAUCCCAGAUGUGUCCAGAGACAUUCUGAAGAGGCUCAGGGGUGGAGGAGUCUUACUGUGUCCACAAAGAGACUCCUGAAACUGAGAGCCAGCGGAUUUGCCAGCGGUCUGAGCUUCUACCGAGUCUUCCCCCACCUCAAUCCCUGUUGCUAUGGAGACUACCAAUGGAACGGAGACCUGGUACGAGAGCCUGCAUGCCGUGCUGAAGGCUCUAAAUGCCACUCUUCACAGCAAUUUGCUCUGCCGGCCAGGGCCAGGGCUGGGGCCAGACAACCAGACUGAAGAGAGGCGGGCCAGCCUACCUGGCCGUGAUGACAACUCCUACAUGUACAUUCUCUUUGUCAUGUUUCUAUUUGCUGUAACUGUGGGCAGCCUCAUCCUGGGAUACACCCGCUCCCGCAAAGUGGACAAGCGUAGUGACCCCUAUCAUGUGUAUAUCAAGAACCGUGUGUCUAUGAUCUAACACGAGAGGGCUGGGAUGGUGGAAGACCAAGACACCUGGGGAUUACGUCUGGGGCCUCCAGAACUCUGCUGUGGACUGCAUCAGGUCUCAGUGUCCCUGUCUGUAAGAUCAACAAGAAACAUGGUUAAGGGAGGUCGUCACCGGGGUGGGAGAAGAGGGGCUGGUAGACCGAAGCCUUGUGCAUAAGGAUUUUUUCCCAGGAAAAGAUAGACCUUAUAAACAGUGGGAGCCCAUGAACAAACAUAUACAAGUAGCAACAGAUAAUGACCAAUAACUGAUUCAGUGGCUGGAGUAUUGGGGGCCUGGGGAUUGGAGAACGGAGAAGAAGUUGUAGCAGAGGGAAAUGAGACAGGAAGAUGCUCUGGGGACACAUUUUUUAUGUGUUAUCUUCAGCCAUGAGAAGCAGUGAUGAUUAUCCCAUAUCACAGAUAUGAUUUACCACCACCACCCUGCUCCCCACUCCCAUGAAGAAAGCAGGGCAAGUGCUGUGCUGCCCAUUUGGGCCUGAGUAGUGCCAUGAUUGGAACCCAGGAACUCUGGCCUCCUUGCCUAGUGCUUUUCAAAACUCUGUGCCACACAGGAGUGGAUCCAGGCCUGAAGUCAUACAAUUCUGGGGACUCUCUUUAAGAAAAAGAAUUCUAAAAUAUCUUACUUUUGCAAACAUUACAAAAAUAUACUGCCACAUUAAUAUGUUGCUAGGGCCCCUGCUAGGACCUUAAGAAGGAGCUCAUGUGAGUCAGGACCCUGAAUGUUAGGCCUCGUUAGCUCUAUGGUUCAUAUGCUUCUUGAACCAAGUCACAGGGCACUUCCCAACCACAUUGCCAGGCAACAGGACUAAACUACCUCCAAAGCAAGCAGCCUUUUCAGUUUUGAUUGAGUGAUGUGAGAAACUUUUUUUUUUUUUUUUUUUUUUUGAGACAGUCUCCCUGUGUCACCCAGGCUGUGGUGCAGCAACCCAAUCUUGGCUCACUGCAACCCCCACCUCCCAGGUUCAAGCAAUUAUCCUGCCUCAGCCACCUGAGUAGCUGGGAUUACAGGUUCCUGUCACCACACCCAGCUACUUUAUAUAUAUAUAUAGAUAGAUAGAUAGAUAUAGAUAUAGAUAUAUUUAAGUAGAGAGAGGGUUUCACCAUGUUGCCCAGGCUGGUCUCGAACUCCUGGCCUCAAGUUAUCUGCCCAUUUCGGUCUCCCAAAGUGCUGGGAUUACAGGUGUGAGCCACCACGACUAUCUGAGAGAAGUUUUCUGAUGUCAUGUUGAAUCUGCUUCUAAAAGACUGAUAUUGCCAAGGUGGGCAGAUCACCUGAGGUCAGGAGUUCGAGACCAGCCUGGCCAACAUGGUGAAACUCCAUCUACUAAAAAAAAUACAAAAAUUAGCCAGACCUGGUGGCGGGUGCCCGUAUUCCCAGCUACUUGGGAGGCUGAGGCAGGAGAAUUGUUUGAACCCGGGAGGCGGAGGUUGCAGUAAGCCAAGAUCACACCACUGCACUCCAGCCUGGGCAACAGAGCAAGGCUCUGUCUCAAAACAAACAAACAAACAAAAAAGACUGAUAUCGCACCUAAAAUAUUAUAUUAAAAGAAGCAGAGUAUGAGAGACAGGUACAUGGUCCAGUAGGAAGAGAAGCAGCCCUGAUUCUACCACUUAAGGUGAUGUAUGAUCUUAGGCUGGACUCUUCUCUCUCUCAUCCAUUUUCCUCUUCAACCUAAUGAAAUAGACUUGGAAGUCUCUAAGGCUCUAUCAGUUCUGACAUUCUAGGCUUCAUAUACAUUAAGUUGAGCCAUAUGUAAUCGCUGUGUUUGUAGGUUAGAAACAGCUGAGUAUCGUAGUUUCAUAUAUGGUUCUAGCUAAUACAUGCAAUGUGGCUGGUGAAUACUUCUAAAUUCAGAAACUACCCCAGAUCUCAGCUAGAACCAUCCACUAUUCUGUUUGUCCAGUUUCAACUUAAGGGAUCUCCAUGUGGUCCCUGGAAGUACCCAUUGAAACAUGCAUAUUUGUGUAUAGCAGAACUCUGAAAUAAUAUUUUGAUAGCAGUUAUCUCUGAAGAAUUGGGUUAUGGGUGAUUUUCCCUUUCCACAUGAUAAAUUUAUGUAAUAUUUCACUGACUUGACUGUAAGUAUGUUACUUGUAUAAUAAAAGGAAAAAAGGUACUUCUAUUUUGAAAAAAUAAAAAUAAAAGCCUUUGGGUUCUUGAAUGGAGGAUCAUGGAACACAUUUGCUGCCAUGUGCAGUUAUGUUGAUGCUCUGCAAACCUGUGCGGAGCCCUGUUGCUCAAGCCCUUCCUCAUCUCUUCUUGAGGGAGAAGGUGGAGACUUCCUUAAAGGAGAUGUGACAUAUGGGAAGACAACAGAUUCAGAAAUUUACAGCGGAUAGGACUUUAGACACCACCCAGCCCAAACUUCCAAAUAAAAUAUGGAACGCAA